AUGACCGUCACCUGUAAGGAGUGCAAGAUCGAGGUGGCCAGCAGGGCUGCUCUCGCAGAGCACUGGCGGGAGAAGCGGGAGGGGGGUAAGAAGCACUACCAUUGCCGCCAAAAACCGUUCCAAGCUAAUCUCCUCGAGUUCCACGCGGCUAAGCAGGACCUUGGCUGCCCUGGUUGUCAUGAGCGAUUCCUUUCAGCGAGCGGUCUAAUCGAACAUAUCGAGAAAAAUCGCUGCACCAGAGUUAGGAACGAUGACUAUGCCGCCCGACGCGAGGAAAAGCUCGCUUUUACGAGAGAGUUGGAGCGCCGCGAAUAUGAAGACCCCGAUCUCCCGGGUCCGAGGCCCGGGCUGCCCGGGAGUUCAGCCACCGGAAACGGAGCACUUGACUUCACGCAGUAUCUCUCCGUGGCCACCAAUAUCGGCGUAAAGGCCCAUCCCGCAGGGAAACAGCUCGCAAGCGCAUGGGCUGCGAAGAAGAACCUCUUUCCGGAUGCCCCUGCCCCGGUCCGGCCGCCCCCCGGGGAAGAUGUGCAGCCGGUGGUAGCCAAAGAGUCGAGAUGGUCGGAGCAUGACCCUCGGAACCCGGGCUGGAAUGCCCGCAAAUAUUUUGUGACCUACCUUAACAAGUACAAGUGUCCACACGACCGCUGCCCCAAGUCGUUUCCGAGCGUGGCAGGUCUUCGGGGUCACCUUCUCUCGGGGCCACACACUGGCCUGCACAAAGUGCAGUGCCCCCGGUGCUUCAAGUGGUUCAACACCAUGGCGGCCAUAACGGCGCACGCCGAGUCGCAGAGCGUGCGUUGCGAUCUUCACAGGACCGACGGCUACCGGCAGUUGCUUGACCAAAUGACGGCGGGCAUGAUCGACACGGCGGGCAAGCACGAGGACGGCACGUUGAAGUAUACCGUCCCCGACGCUGCUCGCCAAUAUUUCGGCACCUCACAGGGAAAGUGGGCUGCGGAAGUACGCAAGCAGCAGCGCGGCUGGGGCUCCACCGACGAGGCGGAGGGUGAUGGUGGUGAGCAAGCUCCGAAGCAAGACUAG